ACUAUGGUAACAUGCAGAUCUAACAGCCCCACCCACAACAAUGGGAGCAAACAGAUCAAGAUUAGUGGAAAGGCUAGUGGAGAAAGAUGUCAAUAAUCAGAUUCUCCACGAUCGAGUCGAAGCGGAGAAGGAGCGACUGCACAACGAAGAACUAGCCAAACUGAGGAGUGAAGUUCAUGACCUCAGAGACAACCUUUGCAGACAGGAAAUGGAGCUAGCCGAAAGAACAGGAAGAUUACAAGAUGAACAACAAAAGAAUCUGGCUCUGUUAUUUUGUGAUCUACCACUAACACUUAUAAGUGAUCCAACUGCUGAUUCCAAGACAUAUUCAAACCUAAGCAAAAGCUAUGCAAUGGUAACUUUGGCUCAAUGUGAUGUUGUAGGGUUUGCCAAUUUGACUUGCCUUUUGAAACCACAUGAGGCAGUUGCAAUUAUUGAUAGAAUACAAGCUAUUAUUGAUGAAGCUUUUAAAGAUGAGAACAUAUUCAUAAUGGAACGCUUUACAGAUGGAUGCAUUGCUGCUAGUGGACUAGUUGAUCAGCCAGCUAACACUCUAAAUAAGGAUCCUGUUAUUACUAGUCGUAUCACAACUCCUUCACAAUUGGACAGUCUAGGAUAUGAUGCAUACUCUACAACACCAUCUUCAAUGAGAGACACAAAUAAGUCUCCAGCAACAGCUGCUAGCUAUGCUGGACUGAUUGCAACAGGAACAUUAAAGCUAAUGAGUUUGUCAGGAGUUGUUUCAGUCCCCUCAUUGAAGAACAAGCAACUCCAGCUUCGUGUAGCUAUACAUUCUGGCCCUUGCUCAGCUGGUAUUGUUAAUCUACAAACUACAGUUGGUACACAGCAUAUGGCUCAUUACAAACUGUUUGGUCCAGCUUUAAACAUGACAAAGAAGUUGUGCACAACUGGUCUUGCUCUGCAGAUUCGUGUCAGUAAACAAUCCUGGGAGUUACUUAAUGACAUUGGUGGCUAUAUUUUCGAGAGAUGCCCUGAUUUCAUGACUUGGAGUGGACAAAAACCAAUAGAAUCAUACUGGCUAAUAGGACAAGAGGAACAUGACUUUCCAUUACCAUCUGUGGAUCAGGCAAUAUCACUCUCAGAAUAUGAAGACAUUGCUAUCUAAUCUUUUUUAUAAAUUAAAAAAUACAACUUUAUUAUUGUUAUAAUAGCAGUUUGACAUCUUUAUAAUGAAA